AUGAGCGGGAGCGGCAACCCCGGGCCCGGCGCGGCGCCCUGCCGCUUCGCCCACUACUUCGUGCUGUGCGGCAUCGACGCGGAGAGCGGGCUGGAGCCCGACGAGCUGGCAGUUUUGUACCAAUAUCUACAAGCAGAUCUCCAUGGCAAGAGCUCAGACACUGCAGACAAAACCUCAGGAGAGAAUUUUGACCAGAGUCCCAUUAGAAGAACCUUCAAGUCCAAAGUUUUGGCCCAUUAUCCUCAGAACAUCGAGUGGAACCCCUUUGACCAGGAUGCUGUCAACAUGCUGUGCAUGCCCAAGGGGCUGUCUUUCAGGACGCAGGCAGAUAACAGAGACCCACAGCUGCACUCGUUCAUCAUCACCAGGGAGGAUGGCUCCCGCACCUACGGCUUUGUGCUCACCUUCUAUGAGGAGGUCACGAGCAAGCAGAUCUGCACAGCCAUGCAGACGCUGUACCAGAUGCACAACGCAGAGCAGUACAGCAGUGUCUGCGCCUCCUCCUCCUGCAGCAUGGACUCCCUGGCCAGCAGCAUUGACGAGGGUGACGCCACAUCCCUCGCCAAGCUCCAGCGCUACAACUCCUACGACAUCAGCAGGGACACGCUCUACGUCUCCAAGUGCAUAUGCCUCAUCACGCCUCUGCCCUUCAUGCAAGCCUGCAAGAAGUUCCUGAUCCAGCUCUACAAGGCAGUGACCUCCCAGCAGCCACCACCUCUGCCCCUGGAGAGCUACAUCCACAACAUCCUCUAUGAGGUGCCCCUGCCACCCCCGGGGAGGUCACUCAAGUUUUAUGGGGUUUACGAGCCCAUCAUUUGCCAGAGACCUGGUCCCAAUGAGCUGCCGCUCUCUGACUACCCUCUCAGGGAGGUCUUCGAGCUGCUGGGCCUGGAGAACCUGGUCCAGGUCUUCACCUGUGUUCUUCUGGAGAUGCAGAUCCUCCUGUACUCACAAGACUAUCAGCGUCUGAUGACGGUGGCAGAGGGAAUCACAACGCUGCUGUUCCCAUUUCAGUGGCAGCAUGUGUACGUCCCCAUCCUUCCUGCCUCUCUCCUGCAUUUUCUGGAUGCUCCUGUUCCCUACCUGAUGGGGCUGCAGUCUAAGGAGGGAACCGACCGCUCCAAGCUGGAGCUGCCUCAGGAGGCGAACUUGUGUUUUGUAGACAUUGAUAACCAUUUCAUUGAACUGCCAGAGGAAUUCCCGCAGUUCCCCAACAAGCUGGAGUUUAUCCAGGAAAUCUCCGAGGUUCUCCUGCAGUACGGGAUUCCUCCAGAAGGCAACCUGCACUGCAGUGACAGCGCCACCAAACUCAAGAACUUGGUUCUUAGUGACCUGGUGAACGACAAGAAGAAUGGGAACAUCCCCAGCAAUGCCCUCAACAUGUACGAGCUGCUGAAAGGCAACGAGACGAUCGCCCGCCUGCAAGCCCUGGCCAAGAGAACGGGCGUGACCAUGGAGAAAAUGACCAUCACCAGCCCCCUGACAGAGGAGAAGGAUGGGAAGCUGUCGUGUGAGGAGCUGGAGCUGAGGGACUACAAGCUGAACGUGCAGCUCCGCGAGGUUUUCGCCAACCGCUUCACGCAGAUGUUCGCAGACUACGAGGCUUUCGUCAUCCAGGCUGCCCCCGACAUGGAGUCGUGGCUGACAAACAGGGAACAAAUGCAAAAUUUUGACAAAGCUUCCUUCCUUUCGGACCAACCUGAGCCUUACCUCCCAUUCCUUUCACACUUCAUCGAAACCCAGAUGUUUGCAACCUUCAUAGACAAUAAGAUAAUGUCCCAGUGGGAAGAGAAGGACCCUUUUCUACGAGUUUUUGACACCCGAAUUGAGAAAAUAAGGCUAUAUAAUGUCAGGGCCCCUGCACUGCGGACAUCCAACUACCAGAAAUGCAGCACUUUGAAAGAAGCAGCCCAGUCCAUCGAGCAGCGGCUGAUGAAGAUUGACCACACAGCCAUCCACCCUCACCUGCUCGAUAUGAAGAUUGGCCAAGGGAAAUACGAGCAAGGAUUCUUCCCAAAGCUGCAGUCGGAUGUCUUGGCAACGGGACCCACCAAUAACAACCGCUGGGCCAGCCGCAGCACCACCACGCAGCGGAGGAAGGAUCGCCUGCGGCAGCACUCGGAGCACAUCGGGCUGGACAACGACAUGAGGGAGAAAUACAUGCAAGAGGCAAGGAGUUUAGGUAAAAAUUUAAGGCAGCCUAAACUGUCAGACCUCUCUCCAGCUGUGAUUGCACAGACCAACUGGAAGUUUGUGGAAGGGUUGCUGAAGGAAUGUCGCAUGAAGACCAAACGCAUGUUGGUAGAGAAAAUGGGCCAUGAAGCAGUUGAGCUGGGACAUGGAGAAGCCAACAUAACAGGUCUGGAGGAAAAUACACUGAUUGCCAGUCUCUGUGAUCUGCUAGAAAGAAUCUGGAGCCAUGGGCUGCAGGUCAAGCAGGGGAAAUCUGCAUUGUGGUCCCAUUUGCUUCAGUACCAAGAGAGAGAAGAGAAGCAAGAGCACAGUGCAGAGUCCCCAGUUGGUGGUGGAACAGAAAGACGAAAGUCUGAUACAGGAAUUACUCUGCCUACAUUGAGGGUUUCCCUGAUACAAGAUAUGAGGCACGUUCAGAACAUGAGUGAGAUAAAGACUGAUGUGGGGCGAGCCCGAGCCUGGAUAAGACUUUCUCUGGAGAAGAAGCUUUUGUCUCAGCACCUAAAGCAGCUGCUUUCCAACCAGCCACUUGCGAAGAAACUUUACAAGCGUUACGCUUUCCUGCGCUGUGAAGAAGAACGGGAACAGUUUCUGUAUCACCUGCUCUCACUUAAUGCUGUGGAUUACUUCUGCUUCACAAGCGUCUUCACUACAAUCAUGAUCCCUUACAGGUCAGUGAUAAUUCCCAUCAAAAAACUAAGCAAUGCAAUAACCACGUCAAACCCAUGGAUAUGUGUAUCAGGAGAACUGGGAGAUAGUGGUGUCAUGCAGAUUCCUAAAAACCACCUAGAAAUGACGUUUGAGUGCCAGAACUUGGGGAAGCUGACGACCGUUCAGAUUGGUCAUGACAACUCAGGGCUACUGGCCAAGUGGCUGGUUGAUUGUGUCAUGGUCAGGAAUGAAAUAACAGGACACACGUACAAGUUCCCCUGUGGGCGGUGGCUGGGAAAAGGCGUCGAUGAUGGCAGUCUGGAGCGAAUCCUCAUUGGAGAGCUGGUGUCCUCCACGUCUGACGAGGAGCUGGGAAAGCAGUGCCGCACCCCGCCCCAGCAGAAAUCUCCCACUGUGACUCGGCGGCUGAGCAUCACUUCCCUCACAGGAAGGAACACCAAGCCUAAUGCGGGGCAGAUCCAAGAGGGAAUCGGGGAAGCUGUGAAUAAUAUUGUGAAACACUUCCACAAGCCAGAGAAAGAGAGAGGGAGCCUUACCAUUCUUUUGUGUGGAGAAAAUGGUCUGGUUGCAGCACUGGAGCAGGUCUUCCACCAUGGAUUCAAAUCAGCUCGCAUUUUUCAUAAGAAUGUCUUCAUCUGGGAUUUCAUAGAGAAAGCUGUUGCUUACUUUGAAACAAGUGAUCAGAUUGGAGACAAUGAGGAGGCCCUUUUGCUUCAGAGAUCUUCAUGCAAAACCUUCUGUCAUUAUGUCAAUGCCAUCAAUACAGCUCCAAGGAACAUUGGAAAGGAUGGCAAAUUCCAAAUCUUGGUUUGCCUGGGGACAAGGGACCACUUGCUGUCUCAGUGGAUCCCGCUGCUGGCAGAGUGCCCGCCCAUCACCAGGAUGUACGAGGAGAACGCUCUCCUCCGGGACCGCAUGACUGUCAACUCCCUAAUCCGAGUCCUACAGACAUUGCAAGAUUUCAACAUCAUCCUAGAAGGAUCGCUCAUUAAAGGAGUGGAUGUUUAGCAUGGCUUUGCUGAGAACUUCAUUACUCCUUUCCCAAACAAGCAAACCACAAUUGGAGACCUGCAAGGACUUGAAUGCCAUGGUAGUGCACCACUGUAAGGCAAAGCUGCUAGUGGAAGCAGGAUUGGGAAGCCCGGUUUGUGCCCGAUGGGGACUGGCCUCUAAAGCUGCAGAAAGCUAAGAUGCAGUAUUGUAGUUUAUUUGAAACAGAAAUUUAGUACAAAAAAUAGAGUAUUUUCAUGUGUUAGAUGUGUGUAAAUAUGCUAUCUUCUUUAAGAAAUUAUAUUACUCUAAGAAAUUUUUCUUAGACUGAAUGUUCCUGUUCUGAUUAUGAGUAGUUUAAACCCAGGGGAAGGAUUUGGGGGAGGGAGGGAAGGACCAAGGUGGGAAGGGAUGCCGCUACUUGCUUGUGAGGAAGAAGCCAAUCAACGUGUAAAUACAGCGCAAACUCAGCAGGGCUUUUUUCAGGUAUUGCAAAUUAAUACAGCAGAUAUCCUUAUGUAGCCAUUGUGAUUGUGUCACUCUUGGAAAUACUGUAAGCAUAUGCUAGUUUACCCUACUGUACAUGGUCUCUCUUAGUUUGUUGUUUGUUCGAAGACUCACCUUCCUAUGUGUGGAAGUCAUGAGUUGUCAUUUUUUUCUGUAAGGUCUUUUGUGUCACUCCUGUUGAUCUCCAAAAGGGGAAACAAGUGUUGGAAUGCUUAAACACUGGAGAGGACUGCUGUCAGCCUCAGAGCCUGAGAGGAUGAGACACCUGUUGAAGCCUUGCUGUUGCAGCCUGAGAUGGCGAAUGGUGGCUUGCUUGACUGGCUCAGUGUGUCCCUUCCCUGUCUAGAUGUUCUCAUGAUUCACCCUCAGCCAGUUUGUGUUGUGGAUGACCCUUUUCUUUCUCAUGAUGAGGAAUUUGGUUUAUACCAAAUUCUUGCUGUACUUGAGAAGAAUCAUUGCUGUAGAGCCACAAAUGCUGCUCUUGCUGUGCUACUGAACUGUAUCAGCUGGCUUUGAAAUGCUGACAGGUUAUGAGUCUUCCUUUGUCCUGCAGAAUGAAUGUUCCUGGGGGAGUACAGGAUCUUGGAUGACUUUUUUUUUAAUUAUCCAGCUACAAAAAUAAAAGGAAUUAAGCAAAAGGAGGGGAAAAAAAGUCAUGUUGGUAUUUUGAGGCUUCUCUCCUAUACUCUUUCCAGUUAAUAUGUUACUAAUACAGUGCAUGUGUAGAGAUACAGCUCUUGAUGAGGAGCUGGGAGCAACUGUAUGAUACAAAUUGAACAAGAGAUUAUAUCAAAAUCACCUUGUGAAUACCAUGCAGCAAAUAUGGAGUGUAUUUUCCAUUCUUGUAGAUGGGAGUCGGAAGGAUCUGAGGACACAGCUUCACCUGGUUUUAAUUUUUGGAAAUUAGUUUAAAUACAGUUUUUUGUUUUCAGUUGUUUAUUCCCUACAAUCCUGGGCAUUUGGUCAGUGGAUUCUUUGGAUGUCUCAUUGCCAGCUGAGGCUUGGGAAAGGCCCCUGACUGAUUCUCUAAGUGUGUUGCCUUGCACUGUGCUCUCAAGUGGCACUGGGGGUGGCUUGGCAAUGGUGGACAGUGGCAGGUCUGGGCAUAGUGUGCACAUGGUGGAAAGAGGGAUGGGAGAUAAGGAGAAGGAAAGAGGAUGGAAAUGAGGGUUUGCUUUCUCACCUGCCUUUUGUCAAGCUUCCCUACUUUCCUGUGGCCCUUCUGCUGCCCAGUUCUUAGAACAGCACUCACUUCAGUGUUUUACAUCAGACUCCCAACCAGAAGAAAACUCUUUGUGUAACUUCGUUCCAUUGGAGAGUUUUUUGUUAUAGAAGUCUUCUUCGUUUCUAAGAAAGAAGUAAAAUAAUACUGUCGAGGAGCCUUCGACUUUAAUGAGGGUUCCAGCUUUCAAUAACCAUUCUUUCCUCCUGAGCUUAUGCUUCCUUAAACUGACUGAACUCAUCUCAAAUACUGCAGGUAGCACUGCCAUAUCAUUGUUGUGAGUGUGAAUCUCUAAAGGCUGUGAAAUGUGUCUCGAGUUAGUAGUCAGAGCUCACAGCUGUAUGACAUCUCUCUUACAUUUCCAGAAAUGUGAAAUUUGGAGUGUUAGAAUUUUCGUGUGGCCAGGCGUGUCUGCUUAAAGUCAGCAGAUGAUGCAUGACAGCCCUUCAGCAGCAAUUGAAAAUGUGUCCCUGUACUUAACUCUAUCAAUGAAUUAUACAUUUAGCACCAGAAACCAUGUGGCAGCAUUAUUUGGUAAUGACUGCUUAGGAUGUUUUGAUUUCUAUUACAACUCAGGCCUUUCAUGUUUAAUGACUGCUAUACAGGAUUUUUUCACGCCCAGCCCAGUCUAAGUGACUUUCAUUUUACUGAAAUAACCACCUCUUUAGUCCUUGGAUUUCUUCACAGCAUCAUCUGCAUUUGUGGGCUGGAUGCUUCCCAAAGUACACUGCUGCAGACUUCUCCAAAGGCUACGUGUGACUGGAGCAAUCGUGGCAUUCAUCUGACAUGACAAGGAUUAAGUCCAAGCAGGAUAAAGUAGAAAUGUAGGCACCUCUAAAGGUCAUUUAUUUAAAUGAAUAAACCACACACAGAGAAAAAAGGCAAUAACUACAUUAAGUCUUUCUUAAGUUAAAAGAAGUCAAAACCUGAGAAUUUUUAAAAUUCAAAUCAGGGCCUUUCCCUAUUUCAGACUACAUUAAGAAACCUUUAGCACUUAAAACAAUUUCACCUCAGCUUCUUCAGCAAGUGUUGACUUGUUUGGUUUUGUCAGGUUUCACAUCAUAUUAAUAAUAAUACAAUAAAAAUUAUGUAUGUCUCAUGUUUCCUUGUAGGCAAUAAACCACCCCAAGAUGUGUUGAAAGGGGCACAGCUGAGUCCCUCAGAUUCCUAGAGUAGUUAUUUGACCACCUUGGGAAAACGGUUUUUCAUAGUGAAUUUUUAUUUUAUCAUGUAUGUUUUGGGGUUUUUUUAGUGGACUAUUUUGUUGAUUGAAAACUGUGAGGUUUUUUUCUGUAAGGUUUACAGAAAUCAUUCUAUCCACUAGAAUGGUGAGAAACCCAUCAGGAUUCUUCUAAGCUAACACAGUUUUUACUUCAGUGUUAAAGCACCUUCUUUGGUUGAGAAAGGGAAUCUUGGAAAAGACCAAAGCUCUCUGGUAUCUGCUUUUUUAAAAAAACAGAAAAAUUCCUAUCCGUUGCCCGCCUGCAGAUGUCUGAGUUUGCAUAGUCCAGUUGUACUAACAGCCAGCAUGGUAAUUGAGGGAGUCAGAGAAUCAAAUGCCUCACAAUGUACAAAAUGUGUAAUUAUAAUUCUCUGAAAUAAAUGAAGUUGUACUAUUUAGUGAAGAAUCUACUCAUGUUUAUUCCAAGUUGGUUUGUGUAAUUAGCUAUAUCAUUGUUCAAAAAUGUGUUUUUAGGGUAGUUGCGCAGCAGCGUAUUUGAGAAAAUUCCUUCUUUCAAUCAAAUGAAGGUGCGCAUCGUGAGGGGAAAUAUUGUGUGUUACACUUGAAAUAUACAAAUGUGCCCUGUAUAGCUUAAAAUGAUCCCUGAAUGUCUCCAUUAAGUAUAUUUUGUCUUUACAUUAUUACUAACAGAAUAAGAACUGGAUUAUUUUCAAGACGACAUUAGUAAAAGUAUUGUUUUAUCAAGCACUUUAACAUACACACCACAAACCAACAUGGGUUUUUUCAGGUUUUGAAAUACAUUGAAAUACAGCUUUUCAUGAUAUGUCCUUUACAAAUAAAACUGUGAGAAUAAUGGUUGGUGUCACUUUCUCCUUGCAGAGGAACCCAGAGAUUUGGGUCUCAAGCUGAGGAGCUGAUCUGAGCCUGGAGGGAACAAGCUGAACAGAAUGAUCCAGCUGAUGGUGACUCUGGCACUGGGAACUUGCUGGAGCAAAGCUGGGGAGAAGGGGAUGUGAAGGACUGUUCCCAAAACCAGCCCUUCUGCCUCCCCUGACACAAAGGGGAGGCAGAGACCGUGCAGAGUCCGAGCAGCUCUUUAUUCCAUGUCUUGUGUGGAAAAGGUGGCUGGUUGCAGGGCAGAAAUGGGAUCACAGUGAGGCUGAGCUCUUACCACAGUGGCAUUCGCUAGGCAACCAGGAUUGCUUUGCCCUCAGUAUCUGGAGGAGUGGGGAGAAGGAGGAUGGGAUUAACCUGCAGCAAAGAGUCUCUUUCCUCUCUUGACAUGAGUUGCUCUGCUAUUUGAACUCAGGGUUAAAAUGCUGGAAUGAAGCUCAUGCUUUCCUAUCUGUCAGGUGGCAUGUUGUGGAAGAAGGAAGGUUGAUGGACAAGAGGGAGAUGAAUGCCUGCAACAAAAGAGGUGCAAAGAAAAAAAAGAAAAGACAGUGAAAUUCCCUCUUUUCUAAGUUGGACUGGAUUUUCAGAAAGUUCCCCCAUGUCCCUCCCAGUUUCAGAUAUGCUGGAAUUAGCAAAAGUAGGAGAAUUUUUGGAAACUUUUGACAGUUUGAAAUGCAGAUCCCUGCAUGUGUGUGUGCUUGGCAUGUCUGUUCAUUCAUUUUAACUCUGUUUUGAAGAGAGGACUGAAAGUCUCAGAGCUGGGGACCAUGUAUAUGGGAAUCCUGAAAUACAUUGUGUGGUGAUACUGGUGCUUAUCAACAUUAUAGAUGUGAAUAAAAUCCAUAGAGCUG